AUGAUGAGAUUAAUGGAUAAAAAUGAUUCUCCGAUCGAUUACGUACAGAUGGAUGGUUUGGCCGUUAUGAAAAUGGUUAAACACUGUCACGAAGAAUCAUCUGGAAAUUUUGAAAUAGCACAAGGAGCUUUGUUGGGUCUCGUAGUCGAAACGCGACUCGAAAUAACAAAUUGUUUUCCAUUUCCAAAGCACGAUGAUAGCAUCGACGAGGAACAAUAUCAGCUUGAUAUGAUGAGACGUUUGAGAAGAGUUAACGUCGAUCAUUUUCACGUUGGAUGGUAUCAAAGCUCGGACGUUGGAAAUUUUCUUAGCCUUCCACUUUUAGAAUCACAAUAUCAUUAUCAGAUCUCAAUAGAAGAAUCUGUUGUUGUUAUAUAUGAUACCCAAAAAUCUGCAAAUGGUUUUCUGACUUUAAAAGCAUAUCGUCUAACUCCUCAAGCAAUAAACAUGUACAAGGAUAAUGAAUUCACUCCAGAAGCUUUGAGAAAUUUAAAAAUUGGAUUUGAAAAUUUAUUUACCGAAAUACCGAUUGAAGUUCGUAAUUCUCCACUAACAAACAUCAUGUUGUCGGAGUUAACGGAAAUGGUUCCGGAAGAAGAAGGAAAUAAUUUUUUGGAUUUGGGCACAGCGUCUGUACUUGAAGGACAAUUAAGAGCCAUGAUGUACAGGGUAGAUGAAUUAAAUCAAGAAGCCAUUAAAUUUAACAGGUUCCAACAGCAAGUUAUCAGGCAGCAACAAGAUAAACAUAGGCUAUUGCAAAAAAGGGCUGUUGAGAAUUCAGCCAGGCAAGCUAAGGAUGAACCUUUAUUACCUGAAGACGAUAUAAAUAAAAUGUUCAGACCAAUCCCUACUCCUCCGAGAUUAAAUCCAAUGAUUGUAUCGGGUCAAGUAAAUGCAUAUGGUCAAGCCAUAACUCAGUUCUGUGCUCAGUCGUUAGCCAAACUUUAUGUAACUCAAGCUUUGCAAAAUGCCAAAGAAGGUAAGUUUUUGAUAGAAAAAAAAGACAGAGAAAGAAUUCAAGAUUUUGUUUUUUAA